AUGGCACAUAAUCCGAUAGAUGAAGAAAGUGUUGUCGCAGCUUGGACGCCGGAUUUGUUCGGUCCCAUUUUUAAGAAACACAGUUUGACAGUAAAACAGGUACUGGAUUUGCGUGAUGAAGACGAGCAGAUUCAUCGUAUGGCAACUUUCGUACCCGACGAAGUGAUAUACGCAACAGAUUUAUCAGAAAAGAGCUUACAAAGCUUCCGGGCAGUUGUAAUGCAUCUAAAUAUUUCGGCCGAGGGAUUAUUAGCAGCAUGGAAAGUACGCGAUGGUGAAUUUGUGUUCGAAGUCGUGCAAAAAGCGAUCGCGCGCGCGACAUGUAUACAAGAUUCUAUAGCAAUCUUGAAAGAUGCCAGCGUGAACGUGGCUAUCUCAGUCGGGGAUAUAACGUUCUCGGUGAUCGGUAGCGACGAAGCUCGGCAUUUCGUGAUCUACGGUUUGCCGAUUGAAGAGCUAAAAAGUGCGAAAAAGGUCUCUCUGCCGAAUGACUUGGUACUAUCGCUGAGCGCAUGGCAGCAUUGCACGCCGAGUGAAUACGAAUACGUCAUCAAAGAUCAGUGUAAUGUGAAGAUAAUAAGAAUGUUCAAGCAGUGCGAUACAAAAUCACAUGUGGCACCGACAUUGAGCGAUCACGUCGAUGCCAACUAUGAAAUUUCCGCCGACGAGCAAUUUAUAACAGAUACCAUCAGACCAUCGUCACCUUACAGGACACACUUGAUAUCUAUUAAUGGAGAAUCGUAUUCCGAAAAAGAAGCUGCUAAUAAAAAAGAGAAAGCUCUGACAGCGAUCUCUGCGAUAGCAGCUGUAAACCCAAAUUUCGUUACACAGUUAAGAAGCUACUUGGUAAAGCCCGUAAUCCAACAGAUUGAAAAGGGUGAAUUAUUAAGAUACUUAGCGGAGGUCAGACGAAUUACAGUACUAUCCAUCAAUAUCAUUCCAGAUAAAUGUUCAGACAACGAAUUAAUACUUUUGGUCGACAAAUGUUUUCUGCUUUUGCAUAGCAUAGUUACGCAAUACGAAGGUUGUAUUAACACAGUGAAUUUAUACGAGAAGAAUAUUGUUUUCUGUAUUGCAUUUGGCAUACGCGGAUACAGCAGUGAAAACCAGUUUAAAGUCGACGAAACGUGUAAAAAUGGAAUCACUUGUGCCAUACAUAUAUUACAGACCCUAAAAAGUGUCGCCGGGAUUCAAAGCGCUUUUGUUGGCGUUUCAACAGGAAUGGCUUAUUGCGGUGUGAUUGGACAUAUUGCUAGAAGAUAUUACGCAAUUAUUGGACCACCUGUCGAUAAAGCUAUAAAAAUAAUGGAUAUUUCCUGUGAUAAGGUUUCCUGUGACUAUGAUACCGUGUUACACAGUCAUUUCAAAAAGGAACGAUUUCGCUCUCGAGGCGUGAGAACAUUGCAACGAUUAGAGAAAUAUCAUAUCUAUGAAUAUCUCGGCGAAACACCGAAAAGAAAAAAUUUAGACACAACUUCGUCUCUGGACUAUUGUUAUCCUAUUUUGGGUAGACUGCACGAAUUGGAAUAUUUCGACGAUAUUCUGGACGAGAUUGGUGUGCCAGAUCGGAAAUAUUCAGGAUUGUUAAUCGAGGGAAUUGAGAGGUCCGGAAAAUCUAGAGUUUUAGAUGCCUUUGUCACGAGUGUUUGCAAUAGACAAAUAAGACCAAUCAAACUUUCUCUUCAUGCAACAUAUGCAGAAAAGGCUUAUUCAGUUAUAUAUCACAUUAUUCUGCAGAUACUUGAAGCCGAAGAUUGUGAGACGGUCGAGGAGCGUGAAAAGGAGUUACUUAAUAAAUUAGGCAAUGUUCUCGCUUUGGAAGAUUUCUGUUACCUGAAUGUUUUGAUGCGAGUGCGUUUUCCCCUUUCUGACGCCUAUUGGUCAGACGCCGAUUGGCGGCGUCACAUAAAGACUAUCGAUAUCUUCGAAACGAUAUUAAAGCAGUUGAAGACUAAAAUCUGCAUUUUGCUUGACGAUAUUCAAUACAUGGACCAUAAAUCCUGGCAGUUUUUGUCGUUGGCUCUGGAUAACUGUAACACCGUCGUAGCGAUGACAAUGCCGAAGUCAAAUUCUUGGGAUGAUUUGUCCCACGUGGUAACGGGGAUUUAUAAAGAUAAAAGGCUAAGGAAACAUAUAUUGCUCGGCCUGAGCGUAGGCCUGCUCCCGAUAUUUGCAUGUCAAUUUCUGAACGUUCUUGCGAUACCCAAAAAAUUGAGCAGGACCUUACAAAAACGCAAAGAUGGCCACAUCGGAUGGUGCGAGGUGUUUCUGAUAUCGAUUCUUCAGAGUAACGGGUUGGACUUCAUCAAAAUAUCGCCCAACGAAGCGGCGCAACGCGAUCUCGUUUUUCCGACCGGCACACUAGUGACAAAGCUCCCGGUCGAUUUGACACCGGAUGAAUUACCGCCGCCUUUAUCCUGGUCGCAAAUGAGUCUUUUGGACGAGAGCUUUGCAAUCGUAAGAGAUUAUGUUGAUUGUAUCAAAUUCGACAUUAUUUUUAUCGCUGGAUACUGUCUCAGUUUAGAAUUGAUGAGCGAGAUUUACGAUAGAAUGAAUCCUUACGAGCAAGAUUUCAUUAAGUGCGCCGCCACUCUGGGAAGAGUAUUUAAACGGAGCAUGAUAGAAAACGCAAUGAAAAAUCCGGUCCCACUGCACACCACUAACAAAUCCUGUGAACUUUUAGGAGCUGUUAUUAGGAGCCAUCAUCUCUUGGCUCUUUAUGCUCAUUGUAAAAUGCUAGAGUUCAGGGUUGAUUCGUUUUGUAACAUGAUGUACAAUAUACAAACGAAUGAAGAAAAACAGGAGCAUCAUACAAGAGCGGCUAAAAUAUACGACGCUCGAAAGUGCAGUUCCUGUGGUAGCGGCCGUUUUCUAAGAAUUCUAAGCGACGAUGUGCUAACAAAAUUGGAGAAGGUAGACAUGCAACAGACAUCAGAUUCGCCCAGACUUUCGUUGAUCCGUCGUCGAACGAUAAUUGUCGAAGGAAAAUGGGCAACUACUAAACCGAAACUUUUGACAAGAACAACUACCAAUACGAUAAAACAAGAUUCUGUUGUUUGUAGAGUGUCUAUUAUGCCGACAAGUAUUGGCGAAGAAGAUGAAGUUUCGAGAAACGAAAAAAAUGGAAGAAUGAACGAAUUGCCAAGAUUUCGAAAGCGAUCUGCGAGUAUUUCUCUAGAAAUGACGAAAGAUCCUUCUCAUCCAAGUUGCUUGGAGAAGUUCAGCCAAAUCGAUUACCGUAACUGUCAGUGUGACAAUAUCAUCAGCCAUCUUUUCUGGAGAUUGCAUCAGCACAUGGAGAAAAGUGGGGAGACUAAAAAAGUACUCAAGUUCUUUAUCGAGUAUAGUGCCGGAAUGAUCCAGAUUGCUCAACCCCUUUAUGCGAUUAAACUUCUUUCGAUCGCCGCUGAAAGAAGCAGAGCCGCCGAAGUGGACGAAUGGAUUGGCGAGAACGCAGAAGAUAAUAUCACGGAUAAAGGAAUCAUUCUAGCUUUAAUGGGUGAUGCUCACAUCGCACUGGGAAAUUACGAUCAAGCUAAAAAGUAUUACCUCUCGGCGGUGAAUCUACGAAAUACCCCACCCAGACUGGAGAGAGGCAUCUUUUACAACGCGAUAACAAAAAUAUUUUGUAAAUUGGAAGAAUCUCCUCGCUAUACAGAUGACGAGCAAUCAAGGCGACUUAUUAUUAAAAACUUCGAAUUGGCGUCAUAUUUGCGACGUCUUUGCGCCGUGUUUAUGAUAAACAAUAAAUUGAAAACAGCAGAGUCGUUUGCCUUGAGAAGUUUCGAGCUCGCGUUUCUAACUGUUAACAGUUUUCUGGAGAAAGGCGAAAUAUAUCUCACGACAGUACGAGUUUUGUAUUGCACAAGAAACAUUAAGCUAAUACAAUCUGUCGAGAGGCCAAUGCUGACCACGAUAAGGAGCAAAGCUAGCUGGAACGAUGCCGAGGAAAUAGCGAUGGUGGCAAAUGUUUUUCUAAUGAUGUAUCAAAUUAGAUUCGCAUUAUAUAUGAAAAUCAGAGUAUUAAGAGGUGAAUUGGAAGAAGCCGUAGACAUGGGCAUAAAAGUCUUGAAAAUAUCUGAGAUAUUGCAUCUUAAUAAAUUGAUGCUGAUCACUCUGCCCUCGUUAAUUCAGAUAAUGGUACUAUUUAAAAUUAAUUCGCUUGCAAAUUUCUUGCAUACAUCUUUUGGAUUUUUCGUUAUUUGGGACGAAUCGUCAUUUUAUUUUCGCUCGCAUACUUUUAUGUCCGAUCAGCUAUGGACCAGACGUGUUAAUGAAGCCGUCGACUUGAUGCGGCAACUGUACUUUUUGGCAGACGAAGACAUAGAUUUGUCAGCCAAGACAUGGUAUUAUGCUCUUUCCUUAGAUCUUAUGCUGGAUGCGGGAAUAAUAUUGGAAUCGUACAAAACAUCUUAUAACUAUUAUGAGAAAUUUAUUGCUUACAGAUCGAAAUUUUGCGUGUGGCGCGACCCACAAAGUCUGUGUCGCUUACUGACAAAUCUAUGGAUGUACCAACUUAGAAUGGGACAUACUACUAAUGCGUUUGUGUACAACGCGGAAAAAUACGUGAAGGACAUCACGUGGCAUGAUUUUUCUCAAAUUCUUACUUGCAGUAAGGGAUUCGAGUGUUAUCUGUUAUUACUGCUGCACUGCGUCAAUACGCGCUCUGACGCGCUAUUGAAUUGGAUUCAAGAUAUUUCCAACAUUAUGAAAUGUCUCAAGAACAUAUCCAAGUAUGCGAGAGUCAUAAAACCACGCUUGUAUCUGCUGAUGGCAUACUUGAAUGUUCUUCGGGGCCGCAAAUCGAGCACUCGAAUCUAUUUGUACAAGGCACAGAAAUUCGCGACCUUACAAGAAAACCAAUUGAUGAUGGCAUGGAUCAUACAAAAUAGAAGGACGUGGAGGGUGAAGGUUUAUAACAAUAUGGCGCGAUACUGGCUGGAGCACGUUGGGUCGGCAGAUAUCGUUGCUUGGCAGUAUAUUCGUAACUUUAACAUCGAUACCUGGUCCACCAUCCUUUAUCCCUUACCGACGCCUGAUGCGCAUUUAUAAUAAAGGAUAUAAAAGCGCAAUUUCUCUUAU